AUGUCGACGACAAACGAAACUCCCGGCUCGCCACCACGCGGCCUCGAACGGAUCUCAGCACUGGACCCCGAAACAACAACCGAGAGGCUGAUUUCGAUCCUCGAGCGCGACGGGGCCGUGGUCGUCCAAAACCUGAUCUCCCGCGACCUCGCCGAGGCAAUCCGGCAAGACCUGAAACCACACUUCGAAGCCGACACAGGCGACGCGAGCGGCUUCUUCCCAAGCACAACCCGACGCGCGACAGGCCUCCUCGCGAUCUCAGACCACUGCGUCGAGCUGGCGCUGAACCCCGUGUUCAACGCCGUCGCCAACCAGCUCCUCACCGACGAGUUCACGUACUACCUGGGCCAGGAGAAACACACCUCCACCUCCAAGCCACAGAUCUCCAGCACGGUCGGCUUCCAGGUGAACCCCGGCGGCAAGCAGCAGGGCCUGCACCGCGACGAGAUCGACUACCACAUGCGAGACUCGGACCGGCCCAUGUUGAUAGGCUGUGUCACCGCGGUGACCAAGACGACCAAGGCGAACGGUGCGACGAUUGUGAUCCCUGGCUCGCAUAAGUGGAAGGAUGAUCGCUGUCCGUAUGACCAUGAGGCUGUCCCCGCGGAGCUGGAGCCCGGCGAUGCGACGAUCUUCCUCGGGAGCACUUACCAUGCGGGUGGGGGGAAUACCACCGUAGACCAAUCCCGCGAAACUGUCGGCAUUUUCCUCUGCAAGGGCAUGUACCGACAAGUCGAGAACCAAUAUUUCAUGGUCCCACCGGAGAAAGCCAAGCGACUGAGUCCACAAGCGCAGCGCCUGCUAGGCUACGGCAUCAGCCCACCAUUCUGUGGCUUUGUCAACUACAAGGAUCCGAUGAGCUUGUUCUUUGGCGUUAACGACGCUGAGACCGUUGUUCUUUGA